AUGAGCUGGUCGGAUGCCCUUUCCGCCAUAGCCGCUCUGGCAUUUCUACUGGCCAUACAUUACAUUGCACGCCGGCACUUCUUCAAAUCUUCCUUAGCGAAUCUGCCCGGACCCGGCGGUUACUCCUGGCUUCGAGGUCACACGAGGCAGCUAUACGACCGUCAAGGAUGGGACUUCCACCUGAAAGAAGUUCCUAGCUAUGGAUCUGCUGUGCGGUUACGUGGUUAUCUGGGGGAGGAUAUUCUCUAUGUCACGGAUCCUGUAGCCCUCCGUGCUAUCCUUGUGAAAGAACAUGGCGACGGUUUUGACGAGCCUCCCAUGAUCAUCGAGCGAAACAAACUUCUAUGGGGACCCGGGCUUCUCUCCUCGACCGGUUUGGCCCACAAACGUCAACGAACCCUCGCAUUCUCUGCCUUUUCGGAGAAGCGCAUCAAAUCAAUGACACCCAUGUUGUACCAUGUAGUGGAGGCCACCCUCCGCGAUCAGGUCCGUUUCGGUCCCGCGGAACUCGACAUGAUGCACUGGGCAUCGCGAUGCGCUCUGGAAUGCAUAGCACAAGCGGGCAUGGGCGUAUCCUUCGAUGCUCUGAAAGCAGAUUCCCAUCCAAAUGAGUAUAUGGUAGCAGCGAAGCAGUUAAUACCGUUAUCGUUCUCACUCCAAGCUUUCAUGCGCGCAAUCCCCCUUGUCGUCAAACUCGGAUCGCCAAAGUUCUUGGGAGCUUUGACUGCGUGCGCACCAAUUGCCAGCAUACGCAAGCUGCGCGACAUCUCAUACUUCCUGUUUGACACCAAUGCGGCGUUGUAUCGAAGACGAAAGCGUGAGGUACGGGCUGACGACAAACCUGCCGCACAUGGGAAUGAUGCCCUGAGCUUCUUGAUUCACGAGAACAACAAUGGGCCAGAAUGCCAACGCAAUACAGAUGAAGAGAUGAUAUCGCAGAUCGGAACUCUGAUGUUCGCAGGACAGGAUACGACCUCUGUUGCCCUGGCUCGUAUACUGCACGUACUGGCUUUGGACCAGCGUUGCCAGGAUUGCUUACGCGAAGAGCUACGAAGCGUGGGAGAUCACCACAUAUCGGCUUACGAAGUCCUCUCCCAGCUACCUUAUCUAGAUGCUGUUUGCAAAGAGACCCUGCGCUUUUACUCUCCGGUCACGCAGCUUCAUAGAGUCUCGCGACGGGAUGUGACGGUGCCACUUGGCCGACCCAUCAUAGGCAAAGACGGGACAGCCGUAGGAGAGCUUCUAGUCGAAGCCGGCACGUUCAUAGUCAUAGGAGCUACUGCCGUGAAUAGAGAUCCCCUCAUCUGGGGACCUACGUCCGAGCAAUGGAUCCCGGAACGUUGGUUGGAUCCACUGCCGAAGAGUGUUACGGAUGCGCAUCUGCCAUCUGUGUAUGGGAACUUAAUGUCGUUCAUGGGAGGUGGGAGAUCAUGUAUCGGCUUCAAGUUCGCAGAGGCCGAGAUCAAGGUCGUCUUGCACGUUCUGAUAUCGCGGUUCAAAUUCGAGCCUCCAGCGAGCGCUGACAUUCAAUGGUGCAUGUAUAACUUUGCUACGCCCACUGUCGACGGCAAGCCAAGCCUUCCGUUAAAGGUGACCAUGCUUCCCCUUUAA